CAGGCGCAGACGGCGUUGGUUCAAGAAGACCUUCAGCGUUGCCUUGGUGGAGCGGGACGGGCCCACCCUCGGGUUGUAGAUAUGUGUAACACACCAACUUACUGCGACCUAGGAAAGGCUGCCAAGGAUGUCUUUAACAAAGGGUAUGGGUUUGGCAUGGUCAAAAUAGAUCUGAGAACCAAGUCUUGUAGUGGAGUGGAAUUUUCUACUUCAGGUCAUGCUUAUACUGACACAGGGAAAGCAUCAGGCAACCUAGAGACCAAAUACAAGAUCUGUAACUAUGGGCUCACCUUCACCCAAAAAUGGAAUACAGACAAUACUCUUGGGACAGAGAUCUCGUGGGAGAAUAAGUUGGCUGACGGGUUGAAACUGACUCUUGAUACCAUAUUUGUACCAAACACAGGAAAGAAGAGUGGGAAGUUAAAGGCGUCCUAUAAACGGGAUUGCUUCAGCCUGGGCAGUAGUGUGGACAUAGAUUUCUCUGGCCCUACCAUCUAUGGCUGGGCUGUGCUGGCCUUUGAAGGCUGGCUGGCCGGAUAUCAGAUGAGCUUUGACACAGCCAAGUCCAAACUGUCCCAGAACAACUUUGCCCUUGGCUACAAGGCUGCAGACUUCCAGCUGCAUACCCAUGUGAAUGACGGUACUGAUUUUGGAGGCUCUAUCUACCAGAAAGUUAAUGACAAGGUUGAGACAUCAAUAAACCUGGCAUGGACAGCUGGCAGCAACAACACUCGCUUUGGCAUCGCUGCUAAAUAUAAGCUGGAUUGUAGAACUUCUCUGUCUGCCAAAGUAAACAAUGCCAGUUUAAUUGGACUCGGUUAUACACAGACCCUCCGAGCAGGAGUCAAAUUGACUCUGUCAGCUUUAAUAGAUGGAAAGAACUUCAAUGCAGGAGGUCACAAGGUGGGAUUGGGAUUUGAACUGGAAGCUUAAUGUGAUUUGAGUAGCGCAUCAUUUGUCCCUGGAAAUGAAGAGAAAUAAACCCACUAUGUUUUGGCCUUUAAAUUCUGUGAAAUUUCAAAAGUGUGAACUUUAUAUUCUUCCAAAGAAUUGUAAUCCUUCCUACACUGAAGUCUAGAGAUUACAAAUCCAUCCUAUGGGAGGCCCUUGAAGGCAUGCCUGGAAAUUUUCA